GAAGUAGCUCAGCCGGCGAUUCACGCUUUUAAAAAAGCAAAUCCGAGUACUUCUGGAAAAAGAAAAAAAAAAAAAAAAAAAAAAAAAAAGGUCAGCUCGCAUUAAAUUCCGCCGCGCGAUUGGUAUUCCGACGUCGUUUCUGGCGGAGUUUAUAAGCGGCGAGUCGCUCCCGGUUGGAGUCGCGCUGCUGCCUGGGCUCCGGUAGCACGGCGGUCCGCUCGCCCCUCGUAAAUUCCUCGCUGCCCACUCGCCUUCGGAGGAAUAUCGAAGGAAAGCCGAACUCCGGGCACUGGGGCUGUUCUGAAGGGAUGGCUUCCUCCGCUCCCUCGUCCUCCAACGAUGCUCCGGACCCCGCCCCAGCCAAUUUACGACCCACAACCUACGACUCGUGGUGCGGCGUGGCGCACGGAUGCACCAGGAAGAUCGGCCUGAAGAUAUGCGGGUUCCUGCAGAGGACCAACAGCCUGGAAGACAAAGGACGGAUCGUGGGCUCCCUGAAGGAGCGGCAGUCCUCCAAGAACCUGCUGGCGUGCGAGAACAGCGAGAGGGAAGCCCGGUUCCGCCGCACCGAGACGGACUUCUCCAACCUGUAUGCCCGAGAUUUGCUACCCGCUAAGAAUGGCGAGGAGCAGACCAUGCAGUUCCUGCUCGAGGUCGUGGACAUACUCCUCAACUACGUGAGGAAGACGUUUGACAGAUCCACCAAAGUGCUGGACUUCCACCACCCGCACCAGCUGCUGGAAGGCAUGGAGGGCUUCAACCUGGAGCUAUCAGACAACCCCGAGUCCCUGGAGCAGAUUCUGGUGGACUGCCGGGACACGCUCAAGUACGGGGUGCGGACAGGUCACCCGCGCUUCUUCAAUCAGCUGUCCACGGGCCUGGACAUGAUCGGCCUGGCGGGGGAGUGGCUGACAUCUACCGCUAACACCAACAUGUUUACAUAUGAAAUUGCCCCUGUUUUUGUCCUCAUGGAACAAAUAACACUUCGAAAGAUGAGAGAGAUUGUUGGAUGGUCGAAUAAAGAUGGUGAUGGAAUAUUCUCACCUGGAGGAGCCAUCUCCAACAUGUACAGCAUAAUGGCCGCACGCUAUAAAUAUUUCCCUGAAGUCAAAACCAAAGGCAUGGCUGCAGUCCCUAAACUGGUUCUCUUUACCUCAGAACAUAGUCACUACUCAAUAAAGAAAGCUGGAGCUGCACUUGGAUUUGGAACAGAAAAUGUAAUUUUGAUAAAGUGCAAUGAAAGAGGCAAAAUAAUACCAGCUGAUUUGGAAGCAAAAAUUUUGGAAGCAAAACAAAAGGGAUACAUUCCUCUCUUCGUAAAUGCAACUGCGGGCACAACAGUUUAUGGAGCCUUUGAUCCAAUACAGGAGAUUGCAGAUAUAUGUGAAAAAUACAACCUCUGGCUCCAUGUAGAUGCUGCUUGGGGAGGUGGACUCUUAAUGUCCCGAAAGCAUCGUCAUAAACUGAAUGGAAUAGAAAGAGCUAAUUCAGUCACUUGGAAUCCACACAAGAUGAUGGGAGUAUUGCUGCAGUGUUCUGCCAUUCUGGUCCGGGAGAAGGGUAUUCUUCAAGGCUGCAAUCAAAUGUGUGCAGGAUAUCUUUUCCAGCAAGACAAACAAUAUGACGUAUCCUAUGACACCGGAGAUAAGGCAAUACAGUGUGGUCGACAUGUGGACAUUUUCAAAUUCUGGUUGAUGUGGAAGGCAAAGGGUACAGUGGGAUUUGAAAAUCAGAUCAACAAAUGCCUGGAACUGGCAGAAUACCUCUAUACUAAAAUAAAAAACAGAGAAGAAUUUGAGAUGGUCUUUGAAGGAGAGCCGGAGCACACGAAUGUAUGUUUUUGGUAUAUUCCACCAAGUCUCAGAGGUAUGCCAGACUGCGAUGAGAGACGAGAAAAGCUGCACAAGGUGGCACCGAAAAUCAAAGCCCUGAUGAUGGAGUCAGGUACUACCAUGGUUGGAUAUCAGCCUCAGGGCGAUAAGGUCAACUUCUUCCGAAUGGUCAUCUCAAAUCCAGCAGCAACUAAGUCUGACAUAGACUUCCUCAUUGAGGAAAUAGAGAGAUUGGGGCAGGAGCUGUAGUACAAUGGAUGAGUUAUUCAUUUCUCUAAUUCACUGUUUUCCAGUACUGGUUAUUUUUUUAACCCAGUUCUGCAGAACAUGUUUUAAGGAAAUUCUCUUUCUGUAAGUUUCAAUCUCCUAAGACGUCCUUAAGCAGCGACAAAACCUUAUAGGCUACUGAAAUAUAUGUGUAUUGCUAGAUCACUGUACUGAGGGAAAAUGUAUUAUCUUGGAGUUGAAGUACUGUUGACUCUUAGAUUGGUCUUGUUUUUUGUCAGCAGGAAAUUAGUAAGUGUGAAAAUAGAAAAUUAAGUGAACUCUGCACAGUAUAUAUGUACAGUAUAAAUAUAUAUCUAUAAUUAUAUAUAUAUACAUAUAUAUAUAUAUAUAAAUAUAUAAAGAGGUUAUGAACUUAGAUCCAAGCCACAGCAUGUUUCCCACUUUAAGAAAAUCAACUUUUCCUUCAACAACUAAUGAUGUGGAUAAUGUGCUACAGGUUUUCCUGCCAGGUAAAUAGACACAUAGAAACAUUUCAAAAAAGUAGAUUCUUAGGAGCUAAAGAAAACGUGUAACAGUACUGAAUCUUGUUGUUGGUGCUUCUGUCACAUACGAAACAGCAAUCUCCAACAGCACCUUGGAGUAAAAUAGUUGUAUUUUCCCUUUAGCGUCACAUCGGGGAUAAUAGUAGCAGAGUCAUUGUAACAGGUAUAUUAUUGCUGUAUUUUUAGAGGUUAAUUUGUGUAGAUUGUGUAUAUUAUUGUUAAAUGCCUUUGUGUAAAAGGAUUUAAAUGUAAUAGUUUUACAGCAAGGUAAUCGUUGAAUUGUAGGUAUACAAAAUAUUUGCUUAUUUAUAUGCAGAGAUUUACCAUGCUGAAGAGUUGUCUUGUAUUUUCUUCCAUUUGUAAUGUAUCCUAUUUAUAUAUUAUUGGAGUUCUAAAUAAUGUUUAUGGUAUUUUAGUGUAUUUGUGAGCCAAAGAAAAGAUACAAAAGUAUUAGUUAACACUUUCAUUUAAAUCCUAGUGCCCUUAAAAUGAUAAUUUACAGAUAAUUUUACUGACUAUAAGGAGUUCUAACAUUGUACAUAAGCUGUCAAAUAAUGAAAUCCCCUUAAUCUAUUAGAAAUUUCAGUUUAUUAAAUGUAACGUCUGACUGUCUGUUAAAUGUUCUGAAUGCUUUUCUAGUGAAUAUUGGUUGCUAACCAAGGCCCCUGUUUUUGAGUUGUAUGUCAGGACUAAUCUCUAGGACCAUUUUAAGUAAAUUCUGUAGGGAAAUUCCUGCAGGUCUGUAGCAUUCACGUGGGAGCCUAAAUGAGCAUCGUUCUUUCAGUGAAAUUAAAUUCACUGUAUGUUUGGAACAAAAAAAGAAAGGAACAAAAAUUCAUCUCAGAAUCUUUUAAUACAGCUGAUAUGUCACAGCGCUUUAAACCAGCCAGACUUUUCAAAGUGUAGGCACCAGAGUCAUCUGCAGCUUGUUCACUUUUAAUCACUGUAUGAUCAAUACUAAAAAGUGGAAAACUCCAUAGCGAAAGCAGAAUAGUGGAACAAAAUGAAAAUUCAAUAGUUCUCUGUCUACAGAAUUACUGUCAUUGUGAUAAAUGGAAUAUGCUUAUUUUAAACCUCUUCAUAUAUGACUCCAGGUCUGUUAUCCCUGCAAGUCAAUAAUUAGCUGGGUUUCCUUUUUCUUUUUUUUCUUUUUUCUCCAAAUCAGUAAUAAAAGUAUUUUACAGAUGUUCAGUGAACGCACAUUCCGCCAUCCUCACAUCCUCUUUACCCCCCCUUCAUUCCUGUGGAAAGCGAGACAGUUACAAGAUACCAGGCACUUCCAUCCUGCAGAUCCCAUGGGUUGUCUUCUGAGGGCGCUGUCUCACAUCUUCAGCAGGGUCAGAACGGAUAGAAGGAAGAAUCUUGAAAUGGUAAAUAGUGUAUCAUGCAGCACAGCCUUUCCAGCUUUUCAUAGGAGUAUUGUUCAUUCCCCUUCCACAGCACAAUAUUUCUGUUAUGAGGUUACUUUCGUCAAUACAAUGGAGUUAGGAUCUUACUUUUUUCAUCUUAAGCAUUAACCUUCUUGAAUUAUAUUGCUGAUAUCUUGCUAUGUUUUUACUAGUUAACAUUUUUCAUGUAAACAUCUGCACUGAGGCCUGAGGCCUGCCACGCAGAAAUACUGACUUCAGUAACAACUUUCAUAACAUUGCCAUUCGUUAUAAGCUGCUCAGCAAAAUCAUAUGGUCUGUCACUGGGAACUGUUUUUAAGAGCAGAAAGAAGUUGCUUUGAAAGGAAAGAGCUUGCCGCAUUUCAAUUGAAAGUCUUCCGUCGGAGAUCUGGUCUCUCACAAUUCCUCACUUAUUAGUCCAGCCACAGAAUGUUAAAGGAUCUCCCUCAGUCCUUGUGGUUUAUGAGAAACAAUGUGAGUAGGAUAGUCAGAUCAAAGACAGUUAACUACUGACCUUCCUUUGCUCCCUUGUCAAGUUAACUCACCAAAUGUAUUACUAAAACUGUAAGAUCCAGCUUACACUUCAUUUUCUAACGUUAACAUUUUAACCUCAUGGAUCUGGUAUCCAGUUCAUCCUCUCAGUAUUACAGUAAUUGUAUUUGAAAAUUUUAUAUUCCUUAGAAGCACGUGAACUACAGAGAAUUAUCUGAUGUAACUGACUGUGAAACCACAGGACAGACUGUAUACGGUUUACUGGCAUUCAUACAGCAAGCUUUGGGCAGUCCUGUGAUGUAGUCACAAAUAGAACUAGAUCUCCUCAGCACACAGUCUGUGUUCUGCUUGCUAAAAUUUCUGCUGCUUCAUUUAGUGAAGCAUCUUGCUUUUUGGAGGUAAGAAGCAUCAGAGGUUGUAGCUGACGAUUUGUAUCCAGGAGGAAGCCGAGCUCUUCCAGCUUGCCUCAGAAAUGAGUCAGUUAACACAGAGGUGUUUUCUCCAGAGACAGGUACUUUAAAUCCAUUUGUCAACACUGUGAAUUUUAUCUUGCCUUUCUGCAGUGCUGUGUCUUGUCACAGGUGAUACCACAAUUAUAUCUUUUCUUCAUUUUAGUAUCAGUCACAGGGCUCAUAAUUUUUUCCACUGUGGUUAGCUGCUUUUCACUAGGAGUUGGAACUUCAAGGUUGCUUCCCGCCCAAGCCAUUCUAUGAUUCCAUGAUUCACCAGGAAGAAAACUCAUCUGUGUUUUCUUCUCGGUAGGUAAUCUCCAUUUGUGAAUAAUAUCUUGCAGCAUCUCAAACAAAAGGUUACCUGGGAUGUUCCUGUAUUUUUUUUUUUAAUCCAUACUCUACUGGCUGUGAGAGUUCAGGAGGUAUGGACAUACAGAAAUAUUGGCUAAUUCAAAGCAUUACUAUUUCAGGUGAGUAACUUUGUUCUUCUGAGGUUUAGAAUACAUUCUAAGGUAGCAAUUUUGUCUUUUAAGUUACACUGACAAUCACUGUAAUUUGGGAUGGGUGAAUUCAGAUCAAGCAAAUAAUAGCCAAGUGUUAGGCUGAAUUUGUAGUUACAGAGCUUGUGAAUUGAAGUAAUUUUAUGGAAAUUGCUGAUAGUUAGAUGAAAACCAGCAGCAGCUGUUGAUUUUGAAUGAGAAAAAUUCUGAUUGUAUUACUAACGGUACUUCUCUGGAGAAGACUGUUAGAUUAUACCAUUCAUUGCACAGAACCAGGGGACUUGGUAGUAGCCCAGGAUUUUAAAAUUGUUGUUACUCAGUUGAUAAUCUGUUUUUAGAAUGGUGAUAAAAACAAAGAGAUUUUUUAAACAGAAUCUCUGUUUUGUGGUUAAAGAAAUGUUGAAGUUAUAAAGAAGAUAUGCAAUGCAGUUUAAAUUUUUCAAUAAAAGUCAAACUUAAAGCUGUCUUAUUUGUCUCCUACGAUUAUUAGUGAGCUCUUUUGCUUUCUCCCUGGCUGUGUAAGGGGC